GAGAAAGUGUUUUCCCUCUGAUGGACUUGAGGAAACUACAAUGACAGAAAAGGUCAUGAAAAAUGAAGAGGCACUAUACCAAGAUCACAGUUCUACAGAGGAUACAAAAUAUAUGCUGAAUAAAUCGAAGUCACCUUCAGUUGUUCAUCCUGCGGCAUCUUCUGAUGAAUUUAUUGAUUCAGAUUUCCAGAUGAUUUUUGACUGUUGUGACAUCAAUAUCCUGAAUGUUCAUGAUUUAACUGGCUGUGAGGAAAUGCUUGAUCAGGUUGCUGAUGACCAAAUCAGCAUAAUAAAAAGAUUUGGGAACAAGGAAAAUUCAAAUGCAACUACUUUAAAGUUUAUUGUUGAAAAGCAUUGCUUGAGAGUUUUUAAGCCUGGAUGCUCGAAUAUUAAGGACUUCCCAAAUAUGAUGAAGAUAACAUUUCUGACUAAACCUGAAGGCCAGUCACUGAAGUGGACAGUAGAUAAGGAUAACAAGCCAUGUGUGUAUACUCAUGGGAACUGGAUAAACAACAGGUCUCUCUUCCCUAGCCAGGAUGCUCCUGUCUCCAUGGCUACAUGGCAAGCUGUGGUAUCAGUGGAAGGGUCAGUAGAAGUUGUGAUGAGUGGAGACAGGGACCCAGUGAUCAGUACCACGGAAGAUGGUUGGACCCAUUUUUAUUACCACACACAAAUGGCUAUGCCUUCUUCCACCAUAUCCCUGGCUAUUGGACAUUGGUGUGUCAGCUCUCUCAUCGAUUUGAAUAGAUUGUCUGAACCAGAGCUUGAAAAAACAGUACCUUGUCGACUGUUCUGUGCCUCCAGUGUCAUACCUGCUGCAAAGCUAGAGAUCGGUCAGUACAUAGGGAGCUGCCUGAGAGCAGCAUAUGACACAUUAGGGCCACACCCCUUUCAGAGACUUGACAUUGUAGUGGUACCCUCAUCGUUUGACAGCCUCGGCAUGGCAAGCCCCAGUAUGCUGUACCUGUCCCAGUCAGUGUUGGUGGGAGACUUCAGCAUGUGUGUCCGCAUUGCCCACGAAGUUAGUCACUCUUGGUUUGGCCUGGCAAUUGGUCCUAGUGACUGGACAGAGGAAUGGCUAACAGAGGGAUUCUGUACCUACACAGAAGAUAUCAUACACAGUCUUGCUAUGCAGACUGUAGGUGCAUGGACACAAGAGUACGGGGACCACCAUAGAGAGAUAAGAGACUUCCUCAGGUAUAGGACGCUGGUCGCUGAACUGGAACACACAGAUGAGGAACUCCAGACACUGAGGCCAAACAAAGAAGAAAGUCAUGAUGAGUCAAGUAUAGCUUAUGUGAAAAAUGGAAUGAAUCCUGAUAAAAGGUUCAUGCAGGUUCAUUAUCUAAAGGGCUACUUUCUUCUGAGACACCUUGAGGAAAAGGCAGGAAGAAAACCGUUUCUGCGUGUGAUGAAAGACUAUGUACAACAGUUCAAUGGACGACUGGUUUCAUCUCGGGAAGUGUUGUCGUUUUUCCUGAGGAAAUGUUCAGAAUUACAGGAAGAACAUAUCACAGAGGCAGUAAUUAGCUCCGAGUGGUUGGACUACCCUGGUAUACCCAAGCAUCUACAAAAUUUCCAAAUGGGUAUAGAAAAUACUGUUGCAAACCAGGUGCUUGAUGAGGUUAAAGAUUUAGCCGAUAUUUCCAGGUAUCAGAAGGGUUCGAGACAAAAAUGGCAGCAGAAACGACAAUGCUUGAUGAAGAUGGAUGCUGUUCAGCUUACCCUGCUAAUGGAGGAACUUCUACAAGCUAGAAAAGUCUCUAAAGAUGUACUGUAUGGCCUGGGGGCAUUCCACAAUGUAUCCGCACAAAAUGCAGAAAUUCAGCAUCGAUGGUGUGAACUCGUCAUCAAAUACAAACUGAAGAAACAUUAUGGAGAUAUAAGACAUUUCCUUGUCCAUCAUCAGGCAAUGGGGGUGUAUUUGUACGGUGAACUUAUUAUUUCAAGAGACAAGGAACAGAAGUUACUAGCAUUUGAUGUAUUCGAACAGCUGAAAGACGACAUGGAACCUGACCCGCUGAAAUCUGUACGUGCUAUGUUGUUCGGUUAAUAAAGUUUUACCUUGACC